AUGAACCCUUGUAUUCAAAUGAAUGGCGUGGAAGGAAGCCCUUUGCAUAUCUACUUGGAAUCGACUAUCUGCUUCCCAAGAGUGGUCGAAUUUCUUCUGGAUCAUGGCGCAGACGUCAACUCUAUUGAUGCCAAACAUCAUUCCCCGCUCAGCAAAUACCUAAGUACAAUACAUAUUGAGGAUAAGAUCGAGAUAUGCCGGCUUCUCUUACAGCGAGGUGCCGAUCCGCUAUGGCAGGAUGGCUCAGGCAAAAAUUUAGCCCAUGUCUCCAUGCUUCACCCUGCAGAGGUAGGUCAAGUCCUUCGAAUCUUGGAUGAAUACGGAACAAACGUCGCGGCAAAAGAUCAAUCAGGAAAAAGCAUACUUCACCACGGAGCUCUACAUGGCUCGUUAACUCACUCCAUUCUUGAUUCGCUUGAAGUGAGCUUUCUGCCUUUACUUCAACCUGACGAUUCUGGCAUGACUCCAAUUCUGUACGCCGAAAAUUAUGCUAUAGCGGAAGUCCAGGAUGACUUCAUAGUACCGUUCAGAACCGAGACUUUGAAGGUGUUGCAGGGGUUUCAAGGAGAUGAACCAUAG